AACGUCACCAUCACAUGGGGCAUGCGUUGGCUUGGCUGAGCGCUUGGCAAAUCGUUUUUUCUGCUUGAUAAACUGAUACACACGUAUACACGAUAUUGCCAUUUCAUAAUAUUCAUCAGUAAAUAGUGCAAGCGGCGCUUUGGCCACAAGCGGUCGCCUAAGACGAUUUAGGUUAGAUUAGGUUUACAAUUUUGUAGUAAGGUUACUUAAUUUUAACGCAAAACUUCGAAGUCAUGGCACCGGCGGCAACCGCAGUGAAGCCCAAGCCUGAUGACGACCCAUUGGGCAUCCGGGCAGUGUUGUUGGGUCCCCCCGGGUCCGGCAAAGGCACACAGGCUCCACGUUUGAAAGAGAAAUACUGCGUAUGUCACUUGUCGACGGGGGAUAUGCUCCGGGCCGAAGUGGCCUCGGGCUCCGAGCUCGGGCGCCGCCUGAAGAAGGUCAUGGAUGAGGGAAAGCUGGUCUCCGAUGAGAUGGUCGUGGACAUGAUCGAUAAGAACCUGGACCAGCCGGACUGCAAGAAUGGGUUCUUGUUGGAUGGCUUCCCAAGAACUGUGCCUCAGGCUGAAAAGUUGGAUGAUUUGUUGGCAAAAAGGAAAACUGAGUUGGAUGCAGUGAUUGAAUUUGGCAUCCAGGACAGCCUGCUUGUGCGCAGAAUAACUGGGAGACUGAUUCACCCAUCAAGUGGGCGCAGCUACCACGAAGAGUUCCAUCCACCUAAGAAGACUAUGACCGACGAUGUCACUGGAGAGCCCCUUGUCAAGAGAUCAGAUGACAAUGUAGACGCACUCAAGAAACGUUUGGCCACCUACCACGCUCAGACUGUGCCUCUGGUCGACUACUACAUGAGGAAAGGCCUCCACUACAGGGUUGAUGCAGCAAAACCCGCUGAAGAGGUUUUCAGCAGGAUUGAUAAUAUAUUCAAAAGCAGGAUUUUCAGCAGAACUAGGGAUGCUCAGUAAACUUACAGCUCAUUUUAAUUAAGGAAAAGUGCUCUGUACAAAUGUAAUUUACAUGUGAUUUCAUUACGUCUGUUGUUUAUUUUUGGUAUUGUGUACUGAAAAAUUAGUUGACUAUUUUAGAGACUAUUUUUCUUGGACAAAUAUAGUGAACUGGAAUCUUGGAA